UUGGCUCCGAUCAAACUAUCCCAACACCCACCUGCGCACGAUAGCAACCACACCUAUUUCUUCUUCGUCCUCCAAAACAGAAUCGCGCCACCAUUUCUCUUCAAUUUAUCGUCUCAGUAUCUCCCCAAUUUAUCGUGUCAGUUUAAAACCUCCAUAUAAAUACCUAUUCUCCUCUUUCCGCUUCCAUCUCAUCUCAAAAUCUCGCUUUCUUUUCCCAUUUCUUGCUAUAUCUAGGGUUUCUUUCUCACUCUCCAAGAAUCGAUGCUGCUGGAACAGAAGGAUUUCAGAUUCUUGAGGUAGGCAGUGGCAUUUCCGUAAUUUCUUCUUAGUAGCAGGGGCAGAUAUGGACUUCGCUUGUACGUUCCCCAGCUCUAGGGCUUCGAUUUCUCUCAGUUCGGAUUCUUCCAGGCAUCAGCACCGAUGGUAUUGUCGUAAUUUUCUCAACGAUUCGAGGGUAUUUUACAGACCUUCUUUCUCAUCUUCGUCGAAGAAGAAGAAAGGAAUGAUGCUGCCUGUUGCCGGGUGUGUUACUCUGAAUGGCAAUUUAGGUAAUUUCUUUAAAUCUUCGAGGGCAUUUGUUUCCGUCAAGUGUCAACGUAGUGAGUCUGUAGAUUUCGUAGAUGGCGAUGGCCGUAAUUUUGAAUUCCUAAGGAGCCCGUUGGAGGAAAUUGUAGGUCCUUCUUACCUGGUGGGGCCCACUUCAGGCCUGCUGUGUAAGAAGGCAAAGAGCAGAACUGUGGCUGGCAAUUUCGGUAAUUUUUCGAAUCCAUUGAGGGCAUUUACGCGGGUGAGGUGCCAGUCCAAUGAGUCGUUGGCCUAUGUGAAUGGAAGCAACGGGCGGAAUUUUGAAUUCACAGAGAGCCUGUCGGAGGGGACGGAGGAUCCUCCCUCAAUGCUGGAGGCGGGGCCCACUCCUGCUGAAGAUACUGGUGCUGUGGAAGAAGUGGGCCCUGCGGAUGGUGAUGCCCUGGGGUUGGAGGAUUUGAGGGAAUUGCUGCAGAAGGCUGUAAAAGAGCUGGAAGUCGCACAACUCAACAGCACCAUGUUUGAAGAGAAGGCCCAGAGUAUCUCUGAAUCUGCUAUCGCACUGAAGGAUGAGGCGGCAAAUGCUUGGAACGAUGUCACGUCAGCCGUCUCCACCAUCCAGAUAAUCAUAGGUGAGGAGGUGGCCGUGAAGGAGGCUGUCCAGAAGGCCACAAUGGCCCUCUCGAUGGCCGAGGCCCGUCUGCAGCUGGCCGUUAAGGCAUUGGAUUCUGCAAAAGAGUUCACAGUUAUUGCAGAAACACCAAUCCAGGGUGACCCAAAUGGCGAAAUUGCAUCUGGGCCAUCAUGUUUGCUACAGGAUGAGGAAGAGGCAAUUUUAGCAGCCCAGGAUGAGAUUCGAGAGUGUACAAUGACGUUGGCGAAUUGUGAGGCGGAGUUAAAACGACUCCUGGUUCGAAAAACAGAGCUUCAGAAGGAGGUCGAUAGAUUGAGUGAGGUAGCGGAAGAAGCGCAGAUGAAUGCAUUGAAGGCCGAGGAAGAUGUCGCAAACAUAAUGCUGCUGGCAGAGCAGGCGGUUGCAUUCGAGCUCGAGGCAACGCAGCGUCUGAAUGAUGCUGAGAUUGCAUUGCAGAGAGCAGAGAAAUUGCUCACAGUUGUUGAGAUGCCAGAUGCUUCGGCUUCUGUGGAUGUACUUUCCACCCAAAAGCAGCUUUCAAGUGGUGAGUCAGGAGAUGAACAAGAGAAGGUGGGUGAUGGGGUUGUGGCUGAUGUCAAUGAGUUGGCGGGAGAUGGGGAGAUUUUGUUGGAUGUUGUUGAGCCAGGUGUCGAAGAGUCUAAGCUGUCUGAUGAGGUGCAUCAUGAUCAGGAGAACAGGAAGUUGAGUGGGGAGUCUCUUAAAGAAGUGGAGGUCGAGGCAGAGAAUACAAAGCUGCCCGCUUUCCAGAUGAAGAAGCAGGAAACACAGAAGGAUUUGACGAAAGAUGGGUCGUCUCUCGGUGCCCCAAAAGCACUGUUGAAGAAAUCCUCUCGGUUCUUUUCUGCAUCCUUCUUUUCUUUUGACGUGGAUGGGACAGAGUCCACGCCAGCAUCUGUUUUCCAUGGGCUCCUCGCCACUGUGAAGAAGCAAAUGCCAAAGCUGGUACUUGGUGCAUUGCUUCUUGGGGCAGGGGCUGCCUUUUUUAGCAAUCGACUAGAGAGGAGUACUCCGUUACUUCAACAACCAGAUGUCAUUACUACUGGCAUCGAAGAAGUAACCUCGACUGCUAAGCCUCUGGUCCGAGAGAUACGGAGAUUUCCUAAAAGAGUGAAGAAAUUGAUCGAGAUGUUACCUCAUCAAGAGAUAAGUGAAGAGGAAGCUUCCCUCUUUGACAUGCUAUGGCUACUGCUAGCAAGUGUUAUAUUUGUACCCAUAUUUCAGAAAAUCCCUGGUGGUAGUCCUGUACUUGGGUACUUAGCUGCUGGUAUCUUGAUUGGGCCAUACGGUCUCUCUAUUAUCCGUCAUGUUCAUGGGACAAAGGCUAUUGCUGAAUUCGGAGUAGUUUUCUUGCUAUUCAAUAUUGGGCUUGAGCUCUCUGUGGAAAGACUAAGUUCUAUGAAGAAGUAUGUUUUCGGAUUAGGCUCUGCCCAGGUUCUAGCGACUGCAGUAGUGAUUGGCUUGGUUGCUCAUUAUGUUGCUGGGCUUCCGGGUCCUGCUGCAAUUGUCAUUGGAAAUGGCCUGGCAUUGUCUUCAACUGCCGUGGUCCUGCAGGUCCUGCAGGAACGAGGGGAGAGCACAUCCCGCCACGGGCGUGCAACGUUUUCUGUUUUACUUUUUCAGGACUUGGCUGUGGUGGUUCUGCUAAUACUGAUACCUCUUAUUUCACCAAAUUCUUCCAAAGGAGGGCUUGGUUUUCAAGCCAUAGCAGAAGCUCUUGGACUGGCUGCUGUAAAAGCGAUAGUUGCUAUCACAGCCAUAAUUGCUGGAGGACGUUUGUUGCUUCGGCCGAUUUAUAAGCAAAUUGCAGAGAACCAAAACGCAGAGAUAUUUUCUGCAAAUACCCUCCUUGUUAUUCUGGGGACUAGUCUGCUUACUGCCAGGGCUGGGCUUUCUAUGGCAUUGGGAGCAUUUUUGGCCGGUUUGCUCCUAGCAGAAACUGAAUUUUCCUUACAAGUUGAAUCAGAUAUUGCUCCAUAUCGUGGCCUUCUUUUGGGUCUAUUUUUCAUGACGGUUGGAAUGUCUAUUGAUCCAAAGCUACUUCUUUCAAAUUUUCCGGUAAUUUUGGGGGCUUUGAGUCUUUUGAUUGGAGGAAAGACAAUAUUGGUUGCUUUAGUAGGCAAACUUUUCGGUAUUUCACCCAUAGCUGCUAUAAGGGUUGGCCUUCUUCUUGCACCCGGUGGAGAAUUUGCAUUCGUAGCUUUUGGGGAGGCUGUAAAUCAGGCUAUAAUGUCACCUCAACUUUCAUCUUUACUAUUUUUGGUGGUUGGGAUUUCGAUGGCACUCACACCAUGGUUAGCAGCCGGAGGCCAGUUAAUUGCGUCUCGAUUCGAGCAGCAUGAUGUGCGAAGUUUAUUGCCGGUGGAAAGUGAGACAGAUGAUUUGCAAGAUCAUAUCAUUAUAUGUGGAUUUGGACGUGUUGGCCAGAUCAUUGCACAGCUUCUUUCAGAGAGAUUAAUUCCUUUUGUCGCUCUUGAUGUCAGAAGUGACCGGGUGGCAGUUGGGCGUGCACUUGACCUUCCUGUCUAUUUUGGGGAUGCAGGGAGUCGAGAGGUCCUUCACAAAAUUGGUGCUGAGAGAGCAUGUGCUGCCGCGAUUACCUUAGAUACGCCGGGUGCAAAUUACAGGACUGUUUGGGCUUUGAGCAAAUAUUUUCCCAAUGUGAAGACUUUUGUUCGUGCCCAUGAUGUUGACCACGGCCUUAAUUUGGAGAAGGCAGGAGCCACAGCGGUUGUCCCUGAGACUUUGGAACCAAGUUUACAAUUAGCAGCUGCUGUUCUUGCUCAGGCGAAGUUGCCUACGUCAGAAAUUGCAGCAACAAUCAACGAGUUCAGAAACCGCCAUCUUUCUGAGCUUACUGAGCUAUGUGAAGCAACUGGAAGUUCUCUUGGUUAUGGCUUUUCUCGAGUUAUGACCAAGCCCAAGCCUCAGGCGUCUUCAUCUGAUUCUGAUGAAAAUCAAGUUGUCGAAGGAACUCUUGCAAUCUAAAUCACACAUACAGAGAAACCAGGUAUAGAUGAAAUCCUUGAUAAAUCUGUACAGAUGGUCAUUUCUUUCAUUGAUAUAAAAUUGUACAGAAAUAUAGGAAAAGUGUUAAACACACACAUCGUUCACCAAUGGUAUAAACUGCCUCAAUUUUGAUCGGCUCUUUUUCCA